AAACGAAGAGACCGAACAAACAGUUGGCCGAAACCGAAACACACACAUCUUUGGGCCAAGUCUGAACUUGGUUUUUUGGUAUAAAAGUGCCGGCCCAUCUGCAGUGGGUCAUCAUUCAGCUUCAGUGUCUCUUGGCCAAAGCUUCCCCCUCAACCCCACAAAAUCCAACGAACUUUGGAGACCCUCCGUUCCAACAAAUCAACAACAAUGAAACUCUUCGUGUUUGCUGUGUGCGCCAUCGCUGUGGUUGCGGCCGAUGUCUCCCAUCUGAAUCUGGGCGGUGGUGGCAGUGGCUACUCGUACAACAAGCCCUCGCCGUCGUUCAACAUCCCAUCCGCGCCAGCUCCAGCUCCUGAGUACCUGCCACCUGUCCAGGAUUUCCCCGCCCCGGCACCCGCCCCUCAGUACUCGGCCCCGGCACCCGCCCCUCAGUACUCGGCCCCCGCACCUGCCCCACAGUACUCCGCGCCAGCACCCGCCCCUCAGUAUUCGGCCCCCGCACCCGUCCAACAGUACUCCGCGCCAGCUCCAGCUCCUGAGUACCUGCCUCCUGUCCAGGAUUUCCCCGCCCCGGCACCCGCCCCUCAGUACUCCGCGCCAGCACCCGCACCACAGUACUCUGCCCCCGCACCCGUCCAACAGUACUCCGCGCCAGCUCCAGCUCCUGAGUACCUGCCACCUGUCCAGGAUUUCCCCGCCCCGGCACCGGCCCCUCAGUACUCGGCCCCCGCACCCGUCCAACAGUACUCCGCGCCAGCACCCGCCCCUCAGUACUCGGCCCCCGCACCCGUCCAACAGUACUCCGCGCCAGCUCCAGCUCCUGAGUACCUGCCUCCUGUCCAGGAUUUCCCCGCCCCGGCACCGGCUCCUCAGUAUUCGGCCCCCGCACCCGUCCAACAGUACUCCGCGCCAGCACCCGCCCCUCAGUACUCGGCCCCCGCACCCGUCCAACAGUACUCCGCGCCAGCUCCAGCACCUGAGUACCUGCCUCCUGUCCAGGAUUUCCCCGCUCCGGCACCCGCCCCUCAGUACUCGGCCCCCGCGCCAGGACCAGUCUUCUCCGCUCCCGCGCCAGGACCAGUCUUCUCCGCUCCCGCGCCAGGACCAGUCUUCUCCGCUCCCGCGCCAGGACCAGUCUUCUCCGCUCCCGUGGAGCAGCAGUCGUCUGGCUACCAGUACAAUGUGCCCGCCAAGCGUUUCCGCUUCUAGGCGAUCAGUGAUCAGUGAUCUCCACAGCCAUUCACGGGAGGGGAGGAUCGACUCGCCCGCUUGUUAAAUUAAUAAGCGGCCUUCUCUCCCUCUUCAUUGUUGUUGAUUAUUUGUUGUUACGCAAAGUUCCCGUUGAGAUUUUUUAGCUAAU